AUGUCCAUCACCACAGCCGGCCCCUUGAAGGAGGCGAAGCAAAGGCACAAUAUAACAAUUUUUCCUCACUUCCGUGACCGUCUGGCGUGUGAUCCCUUGAACUUUUUUUGUGUGUACGCAAACUUUGAGUUCAAGUGGGACUACACAAUAGAAGAAGCGAUGCUCGGGGUGUUCGAGCUUGUGGAUACCAUGGUGGAGACAGCCAGAAUUGCCUUUAAUGCUGCAGUUGAUUACUGGGAGAAGUUGCCCGCACAGACGCAACGCGUCCACGCGGUGAGGGAACUUUUGAUGCUUCCCUCAGCGCCGCUGAGUAGUACACUUCUUACUACUUUCUUGCGGAAGGAAACCAGUUGGCGGGUUGCCUCGCGGACCUCCAAUCCUUCAGAGACGCCAUCCUUGUCACAGAGUGUUAUUGGGCGAUCAAAACAUCAUCGCACUCCCAUCACGAAUGUUGGAUCGCGGGGGAGAAGGGCGUCACUCCCAUAUGUGUCGCAGCGGUCGCCAGCCCGCGAUCGGCAUGAAGAGGAUGAGGAGAUUAUGGCCAACUUAUUGAAGCAGUGGCACCCUCCUCACAAUGCACCGCGCUGCCGUCUCAUUUUGGAUAUUGUGGCGUCCCGCAAGUCUCUUGGCGGUGAGCCGCACAAAAGCAGACCUUACCGUUUGGGUCAGAUGGUUUUUACUCAUGUACAGAAAAAGUACCCCUCAGAGGUCACGUCAACCUUCGUGGGUAUAAGCGAUAGUGCCAUGACACUCGUUGGUAGAGAUAUACUCUUUCCGUAUCGAGCCACCGCGAGCAGCGGCGGCGCUGGUAAUAGUUCCGCCAGGGGUCCCAACACGCAAUCCUUUGGGGGCCUCGGAAGUCCACGGGGCGGGCAUGGUUUGGUUCGUGGCUUGACUAGGACUAAUUCUAGUGGUUUGGGGGAUGCUUCCGGUGCGGGGGCUAACUCAAAUGACCCGGUCAGUGGCGGACCAGUAGGUUACAGCGGCCAGCUUAUUGCUAACUUAGAAAAAAUGUUAACAGGCAGCAUUCCUUGCCCGCGUAUGGUGACGGCGCAGCCAACAAAUGUUGAGCGGGUUGACAACGUUCGAUUACUGGUGUGCUUCCCACCACUGGGGGACGAAGAGGUUUUGUAG